CAAGUUGGCUGCUGGCUGCUCCUGUGUACUGCUGUUAGUAGUGGCCGGGACUGCGCUAGUCGCGUGUGUGUGUGCACGGUGCUCCGCGCUGCUGGUGUGAUUGCUUCUGUCUAUGGGAUCCUGCUGCUGGGACAGCUCCUGCUGCACGAAGCCGAUGUCAGAGCACUGAGCCAGAUUACGUAUCCAGCCAUGGCGAGACCACUUUCCGAUGGGAGUACCUCUGAACCUGUGGGAAAUAUCCAGACAGAUGCUAGCCACGCUUUUCCCGCUAAUGUCACCGCCUGUCAAUCCUCCCGUGGCCUCUCUGGGCAAAACUUGCCAGUGAACUAUCAAACUGCCCAAGCGUCUUUGUGUCAAAGAUGCGCCUCACCCCGUAGGAAUCGCAUCCAGAACAGAUUUGAAAUGGUUACCAGUUGCGAGUCUGGACCUUCCCUGCCAGCCUUUGGGACGAGAGCAUGCUCCUACCCAGAAUCCUUCAGCACAGGAGAAACCACUGCUUUUGGUCUCAGGCACACGGCCCAUGAUCACUCCAGGUCGGGCACGGAGGUGGAGGUAUUACAUCAGAAUGACCCCCAAAGACAACUCCCGCUGGCAGGAGAGGGGCCCAUAGAGCGGGAGAUCGCUAUGCGACUGCGCAGGAUUGGCGACCAAAUGAAUGAACGGUAUUUACAAAGAAGGCAGAUUGGGCAGCGGCAGUGGUGGAGACCUCUGCGAUGGCACGUUACCCAAAUCAUCUCAGAGAUUGUGACUGCCUUGUACAAUCCACUCGUGGACAUUUUACUGCAGAACUGAGGCCGCUGGCGUGGACAAGUGGUACAAAAGAUUCGGGUGUUUGAAAAAUGCCCACGUUCACUCCUGUGCAGAUUAGGCUUCUGCUGGACAGAAGCUGGAAGACUUGUAUAGUCUCCAUGGACAGUUCUGCCGUCGUCCAGUGGACGUUCAAGAUGAUGUUGAGAAGAAUCUGAGUCCACGACUCUUCCGGUGAUCACUUCACCCUUUUGUGAAGACUUGAGAUAUCGGUUUUCAUCUCUUGAGAGCCAUUGGCUUUCGCCUGAUGGUGUUUAUACAGACAAGGUGGAUAUGGUAAUUGCCUUAUCUUCCUGUUAUGUUCAUUGACGAACUUUCUUGUAGUAAUACAAUGGUUUCCUCCAGUUAAGACAUUGUAAGACUGCUGUCACAAAUGGGGAUUUUUGGUGAUGUGGAUUUUACUGGUGGUGUUGAAACAUUUUGGGUGAAACAAAACUAUGGCACAUUCUUAAAGGUUUCUACUGAGUACAUGGAAGAAUCUGUAGCUAGUACCGCUGUAGCACUGAGAUAAUUCCGGGUAGCGCAUGGAUUUAUAUUGGUCUGGCUAUCUUACUCCUACUGCACUCACUUUUGUGGAUGGAAAAAGGGUCUUUAUCUGAGCCAUACUAAACUGCCCUUUUAGCCAAAUUGUGGAAAUCCUAGACAAGCCAUACAGAAAUCUUGCCAGCCCCCCCUCCCCUUUUUUGCAUGCUGUGGUUGGCCCAGGGACCCUAAAUCAUAUACAUAGACCUCAGCAUGUUACCACUCUGUAAUGACCUAUGUCCUAAUAGCACUUAUGCUUUCUCUGCUGAAUAAGAUGCCUGAUGAUUAGUUUCUAUUAAGCUUUGAUAACUAAACUUUUUUUUUUUAUCCUUUGCUACGAGCGAAACGCAAAUUUGCUAUCCAUUGAAGAAGAGAAAUUGGCUCCUAGUCCAAGAGAAAAUUGUAUAACUUAAAGAACGAAGUUAAUAUAUUUAUUUUAUUAUUAUUAUUAUUAUUAUUAUUAUAACUUACUAGGUUUUUUCCUUUUAUAUGUAAGACAAAAUUUUAUAUCUAAGGGAAUGAACAUGUGAGAUUUUUUCUUUUCAUUUUCUCAUUGAGAAUAAUGUGUAUGCUGACUUUACUAAGAGUAAAGUUCAACAUACAUGUAUAACGUGUGCAGAUCCUUGAGGACAGUGAAGCCAUCUGCAGCAUAUUUGUACACUAUGACCUACUGGGAACACAGGACGGAUGAGCUCUGGCAUACACAUCAUGGAUAUCUAUGUCCUGUUGGACUAACCGUGAAUGCUGGUUUCUUAAAGGACAUCUAGACUUGCUAUAUACUCAUUUAUAAAUGAGCUCUAAUAACUUUCACAUCUGUAGAAGCUUCAGGAACUUAUAAGGUCUGGAGAGAUUUUAUAAAAAACAAAUGGGAAAGAUGUUUUCUGGUGCACUCCAGACUUCCUGUCUGUAGUUUAGGUUGAAAGACAGCACCGUCAGCCUCCGCUGAGUCUGAAAAGCUGGCCUUCUCAAUGGGCGCCUUUUACGUAAGGCAACCAGUGUUGUAUAUUUGGUGGUCCUUCGAUGAUCACCAGGAGAAUGUUCCAUUUACGGUUGGUUUCUACAUAGAGAUCCAUGAUCUCCAAGCCUCUGUGCAUGCCAGUGAAGGUAGACUGAUGGAAAGAUGCAUCUGUCCACGUCUUAAGUUUUCCUGUCGUCUCGAUAAUGGAUAAUUUGCUGCAGUUGUAGUCACGUUGUCAUAAAACCAAAUGUAGGUGGUUGAGUUAAUGGGCUAGUUCAAAUUAGUUAUACAGUCGUUCUCUCUCCGCAGCUUCGUGUUUAAUCUCCUGCCUGUCGCAGUAUGAUAAUUAGACCCCCCCCCCCCCCCCUCAUUUCAGCAAUACCUCCUGCUUGCUACCCCGUCACCAUAUCCUGUGCAGUCUCACUGUGCACGACAUGGAACACCCGAUAAGCUAAUAUCCGCUACAGGUCCCUUUAUUUCAUCCCAUGUACCAGUGGCAGUUUUUUAAUAAACUUCUAAAACAAAUCACUUUAACAUUAAAAAUAAUUAAAUUUUUAUUUUUAUUUGUAAAGUUUAUGAAAGGUUUUCUAUUUUUGUUUAUUGCAGAGAUGCUAAGAGAAAUGGAGUUAAGUAUAUUUAUUUCUUGGUAGACCGCCUAUAUGUCGCUGGCCUUAAUCAGUGACACUUCAGAGAGAUUCCUUCCACUAACCUGCUUCUGCCCCCUGCAGGUGGAACCUAGGGGGACAUGUCACUCAAGGGGCUAUUACUUUUGUAAAUACUGUACAUCUAUGAAAUGUAAACAUCAUUUUUUUUUUCUUACGUUCUGUACAUUUUGUGAUUGCGUUCUUUUUGUACAUGGAUUUUGUAUUUCUUUUCAAUAAAAUUUGGAUCUGACUUA